AACGCGAAUUGGACUGGAUGGCUUUCUGGUUGAAGUUUAACUGGUAAUUAAAGCGAUUUGCGCUACAGCUAGAGCAAACCUGUCACAUACAUUAAUUGCACAUGGUAUUUCGUGUCGUUUAACGUGAAAACAAUGCAAUAACACAACAGGAGAGAGGGAAAUAGGUGGAUUUUGUGAGCUCCUCAGCAGCAGAUCAUGGAGUCUUGGAAGAGUCACGUGCGCGUAGAGCUGUUUCACAGAGACUGCAGGCAGAAAGAUCCUUUCUCUGGCCUCUUCCACAAAGUGUCCAAGCUGGAGGAGAUGUUGGACUUUCAUGUCAAACUCUGGCAAAGCAUGGACACAAGCUGUUCUAAAGAAAAUAAAGGAUCUAGAUGCCCUGAUGAAGGUGGGACACUCUAUUUGAGAGUGAAUGAGAUGGAGCUUUUUAAUCAACAGCUCAAGCAGAAAAUUUCAGAUCUGACCAGCAAUAUAUACCUGAAGGAUGCAGAAUUACAAUACUGUCACUCACAAGUGUCCCGUUACAGGACUGAGGCAGUACUGUUGGCCCAGGGGUCCUCAUGUCUGAAGGCUAAUCUAGAAGAAUAUGAGUAUGAGCUGGAGUGUCAGUCGAAGGAGCUGACGGCACUGAGACUGGAGCAGAAGACACUGAGAGAGCAGCUUUCAGCCGCAAACCUGCAGAACGAGCAGCUCCUGGAACGCUGGCUGGAGGAGAAGAAAGAGGAGGCUGAGAGGAUCAAUAAACACAACGCAACACAAGAAAGGUGGCAGCGUUUGGCUGGUUGUCUAAAGAAGCGGUAUCGCGCCAGGUCUCGCCCACCGUGUGCAACAAACAUCUCCGAAAACAAACCCUCCGAGUCCAAAAUUCAGCGCCCUCCAUCUUAAUACUUACUUAACGACAACGAAUGUAACAUUUUAUAUAGUUUUUGUACACAUUUUACAUUCAGCAUUCAAGAAAGCUGGUAAAAUAAAGACCAAAAUGGUGGAUUGCUGAAUGUAAAGGCGAGGGACGUUAAUUGGUUAACAGUUUACAAUAUCUAAUUUGCUAAUAGUUAAAACAUUUAUUUACGGUGUUUUUAGCAUUUAGGCAACAGCUAAUGCUAACAGAUAAACAUGUCGUAUACAAGUGUAAGCAAGCAGUGUUUCUAUGAGUUAAUUUUAAAUAACAUAUGAAACUUGA